AGUCUUCGCGUGUCGCGUCGUUCGCCGUGAACAUUCCCCAGGGCAGGCUUGAUGUGACGUUCUCCCCAGGCACCAUCUGUUGCUUGUUACUUUCUCUCUCUUCUUAUUACCAACUUGUGAAUCUCUAAUUGUCUAUAUACAGUCGUUCCCUGGAGAGUCGGGGUAAUCGGUGUUGAACGAAUGCUUUUUGGGUGCAUGUAAACAAGACGGGGGUCGCCUCGUCUUUGGAAGGUGCCCACUAUGGGCAUUCAAGGUCUCCACGGUCUGCUCAAGUCGAUUCAGAAACCAUGCAAUUUGAAAAAAUUCAGUGGCCAAACUUUAUGUGUAGACGCCUAUGGAUGGCUGCAUCGAGGCACCGUGGCUUGUGCCGUUGAUCUGGCCCUGGAUAGGCAGACGAGCAAGCACAUUGACUUCGUCAUAAACCGUGUACGAAUGCUGCUUUACUUCGGGGUCACGCCAUAUCUGGUCUUCGAUGGAGACAAUCUACCCAGCAAGUCCGGCACCGAGGCCGAAAGACACAGUCGCCGGCAGGAAAGCAAACGACUCGGGAUGGACCUCUACCGCAAGGGAAGAAUGAGCGAAGCUCACCAGGAGCUGCAAAAAGCAAUCGACGUCACCCCGUACAUGGCCCGCCAACUAAUCGAGGAGCUGAAGAAGAUGGAGAUCCAAUAUGUUGUCGCCCCAUACGAAGCAGACGCCCAGAUGGUAUAUCUCGAGCAACAGGGGAUAGUCAAUGGGAUCAUCUCGGAAGACUCAGAUUUGCUCGUGUUCGGUGCCAAGCGUCUUCUGUCGAAAUUGGACCAGCACGGGGACUGUAUCGAAAUCAGCCGUGGUGACUUCGCAGCGUGCAAGGAUGUUAGCUUCAUUGGCUGGACCGAUGCAGAUUUCAGACGCAUGUGCAUCCUCAGCGGAUGUGAUUACCUUCCCAGUAUCCCCAAGAUGGGACUGAAGACUGCUUAUCGCAACAUCAGAAAGUACAAGAACGUGGAAAGGGUUCUGCGCAUGCUCCAGUUUGAAGGCAAAUAUCAUAUUCCAACGGACUAUCUAGACAACUUCAAGCAAGCGGAGUUGACUUUCCUUUACCAACGUGUCUUCUGCCCCAAGGCUGGAAGAUUGGUCACCCUCACAGCGCCGGACGACAGUGUCAAGCUGGAGGAGAUGCCCUUCAUCGGUCAUGACCUUGAACCUGAGGUUGCUCUAGGGGUUGCGUGUGGGGAUCUCGAUCCGAUGACAAAGGAACCGAUCGUUUUGAAGCCUGCGGUCGCGGGAAGGCUGACUGCGAGUUUGACCAGGAGACAGACGCUGGCCUCUUCUACGGAACUCAAGCCUAACAAGCCAAUCAACUCAUUUUUCACACCGAAGCGUAUGCCGCUUGCUGAGCUGGAUCCUAAUUCUCUUACUCCCUCGCCGAGCCAGCAGCGUCUUCUGGAACGGCACGCGAACAGUUCGUGGAGUGCGAGUCCGGCCCCAGAACGCCAGGGCUUGACCCGGUCGGCAUCUGCAGUAUCGUUGUCUCGUCCAGCUGGCAGCCCUCUGAUCCGAACUGCCGAGAGGGAAUCUUUUCUGGCUCGAGCAGGUCGAGUCUCCGCGUUCCAGUCAGUCAAACGUCAGCGACUGUGUUCAGAUGCAGAUGAAGAGAAGCUCCCAUCUGGCGGGUUGUGUCGCAGCAAAUUUUUCGCUACAAAGGUGGAGGACCCCAGUCCUAGCGGACAGAAAGCCACUCGGGUCAAGAAAGCCAGGAAGUCUGACUUUGGCGUGUUUUCUGACGACGUUGCUGAGGACAUCAUGUCGUCCCUUCCCGACCCUGCUCCCGCGGAUGAGCCAGCUAGAGAUGAAACGUCGGUGGCUGAAACCCCAGAUGUUGAAAGAGUGUCAUCCUUGGUAGCGACGACAGAACCCGCAGAGGUUUCCGAAGACGCACAAGGGGAGAGCGGAGAUAGUUCUGAGGACUCCCCAUCAACAGAUUCGAGCAACGAGUCCAGUAACGUCCAGAGCGAUGCCACAUCGCCGACUACCACGACAUCCGUCAGUGCUGAUAGUGAUCCGGAGCUUUUCAACCAGGUGUUGGAGUCACAUGUACAGAAACUCAACUCCAAUCUCCUAUCCAAGUAUGCAUUCAAAGACGACGAAUAUUCAGCAUCAACUGGCAAAGCUGGAGCGCACCUGGAUAAUCCUGUGCAAGAGAAAGUCUCUUCAGCGACAAACGCAAAUAUCCCAUCGCUGAAGCGACGCGCAGCGCUCAACGCAUUGCCUUCGAAGCUGCAGGGGCUGACACCUCUGCAGCGUCUGGGACAGAGCGCUUUGAGCCGAUCUAAGUCCUUGAAUCAACUUGGCAUACAUGUUCCUGGUCCCGCAAGAGUCUCCAGGUAUGAGACUGACUUGGGAAGAGCAGCGAAGAACAUUCCGGCGAUUCCCGCGACAAACGACCAUGGCAGUGAGGAUCUCCUGGUCCCGAAUAGCGAUGAGGAGGAUAUCGAUGACAAAGACCACGACGCGAAGCCUCCCGUUGCAGUGAAUCUGAGCCGGUUUUCCUACACACCUAGAUGAAGGAUGGAUUAAUUAAUUGGCUAUGAUUAAGAGGAGGCCUAUAAGUACGCAUUGUAUAGGAGUUUGGUCCUAGUGAUAACUGUUUGGGAAUAUCGUUCGUAUUAGCGCCUUUGAAUAGGCUGUGAC